AUGCGUGAGCUCACUGCAGCAACGCGUGAGCUCACUGCAGCAAGGCGUGAGCUCACUGCAGCAACGCGUGAGCUCACUGCAGCAAGGCGUGAGCUCACUGCAGCAACGCGUGAGCUCACUGCAGCAAGGCGUGAGCUCACUGCAGCAAGGCGUGAGCUCACUGCAGCAAGGCGUGAGCUCACUGCAGCAAGGCGUGAGCUCACUGCAGCAACGCGUGAGCUCACUGCAGCAAUGCGUGAGCUCACUGCAGCAAGGCGUGAGCUCACUGCAGCAAGGCGUGAGCUCACUGCAGCAAGGCGUGAGCUCACUGCAGCAACGCGUGAGCUCACUGCAGCAAGGCGUGAGCUCACUGCAGCAACGCGUGAGCUCACUGCAGCAAGGCGUGAGCUCACUGCAGCAAGGCGUGAGCUCACUGCAGCAACGCGUGAGCUCACUGCAGCAAGGCGUGAGCUCACUGCAGCAACGCGUGAGCUCACUGCAGCAAGGCGUGAGCUCACUGCAGCAAGGCGUGAGCUCACUGCAGCAAGGCGUGAGCUCACUGCAGCAAGGCGUGAGCUCACUGCAGCAACGCGUGAGCUCACUGCAGCAACGCGUGAGCUCACUGCAGCAAGGCGUGAGCUCACUGCAGCAAGGCGUGAGCUCACUGCAGCAAGGCGUGAGCUCACUGCAGCAACGCGUGAGCUCACUGCAGCAAGGCGUGAGCUCACUGCAGCAAGGCGUGAGCUCACUGCAGCAAGGCGUGAGCUCACUGCAGCAAGGCGUGAGCUCACUGCAGCAAGGCGUGAGCUCACUGCAGCAAGGCGUGAGCUCACUGCAGCAAGGCGUGAGCUCACUGCAGCAACGCGUGAGCUCACUGCAGCAAGGCGUGAGCUCACUGCAGCAACGCGUGAGCUCACUGCAGCAACGCGUGAGCUCACUGCAGCAAGGCGUGAGCUCACUGCAGCAAGGCGUGAGCUCACUGCAGCAACGCGUGAGCUCACUGCAGCAAUGCGUGAGCUCACUGCAGCAAGGCGUGAGCUCACUGCAGCAACGCGUGAGCUCACUGCAGCAAGGCGUGAGCUCACUGCAGCAAGGCGUGAGCUCACUGCAGCAACGCGUGAGCUCACUGCAGCAAGGCGUGAGCUCACUGCAGCAACGCGUGAGCUCACUGCAGCAAGGCGUGAGCUCACUGCAGCAAGGCGUGAGCUCACUGCAGCAACGCGUGAGCUCACUGCAGCAAGGCGUGAGCUCACUGCAGCAACGCGUGAGCUCACUGCAGCAAGGCGUGAGCUCACUGCAGCAAUGCGUGAGCUCACUGCAGCAAGGCGUGAGCUCACUGCAGCAAGGCGUGAGCUCACUGCAGCAAGGCGUGAGCUCACUGCAGCAACGCGUGAGCUCACUGCAGCAACGCGUGAGCUCACUGCAGCAACGCGUGAGCUCACUGCAGCAAUGCGUGAGCUCACUGCAGCAACGCGUGAGCUCACUGCAGCAACGCGUGAGCUCACUGCAGCAAGGCGUGAGCUCACUGCAGCAAGGCGUGAGCUCACUGCAGCAAGGCGUGAGCUCACUGCAGCAAGGCGUGAGCUCACUGCAGCAACGCGUGAGCUCACUGCAGCAACGCGUGAGCUCACUGCAGCAAGGCGUGAGCUCACUGCAGCAAGGCGUGAGCUCACUGCAGCAAGGCGUGAGCUCACUGCAGCAAGGCGUGAGCUCACUGCAGCAACGCGUGAGCUCACUGCAGCAACGCGUGAGCUCACUGCAGCAAGGCGUGAGCUCACUGCAGCAACGCGUGAGCUCACUGCAGCAAGGCGUGAGCUCACUGCAGCAACGCGUGAGCUCACUGCAGCAACGCGUGAGCUCACUGCAGCAAGGCGUGAGCUCACUGCAGCAACGCGUGAGCUCACUGCAGCAAGGCGUGAGCUCACUGCAGCAAGGCGUGAGCUCACUGCAGCAACGCGUGAGCUCACUGCAGCAAGGCGUGAGCUCACUGCAGCAAGGCGUGAGCUCACUGCAGCAAGGCGUGAGCUCACUGCAGCAAGGCGUGAGCUCACUGCAGCAAUGCGUGAGCUCACUGCAGCAACGCGUGAGCUCACUGCAGCAAGGCGUGAGCUCACUGCAGCAAGGCGUGAGCUCACUGCAGCAAGGCGUGAGCUCACUGCAGCAACGCGUGAGCUCACUGCAGCAACGCGUGAGCUCACUGCAGCAAGGCGUGAGCUCACUGCAGCAACGCGUGAGCUCACUGCAGCAAGGCGUGAGCUCACUGCAGCAACGCGUGAGCUCACUGCAGCAAUGCGUGAGCUCACUGCAGCAAGGCGUGAGCUCACUGCAGCAACGCGUGAGCUCACUGCAGCAAGGCGUGAGCUCACUGCAGCAACGCGUGAGCUCACUGCAGCAACGCGUGAGCUCACUGCAGCAACGCGUGAGCUCACUGCAGCAACGCGUGAGCUCACUGCAGCAAGGCGUGAGCUCACUGCAGCAAGGCGUGAGCUCACUGCAGCAAGGCGUGAGCUCACUGCAGCAACGCGUGAGCUCACUGCAGCAAGGCGUGAGCUCACUGCAGCAAGGCGUGAGCUCACUGCAGCAACGCGUGAGCUCACUGCAGCAAGGCGUGAGCUCACUGCAGCAAUGCGUGAGCUCACUGCAGCAACGCGUGAGCUCACUGCAGCAAGGCGUGAGCUCACUGCAGCAACGCGUGAGCUCACUGCAGCAAUGCGUGAGCUCACUGCAGCAACGCGUGAGCUCACUGCAGCAACGCGUGAGCUCACUGCAGCAACGCGUGAGCUCACUGCAGCAAGGCGUGAGCUCACUGCAGCAACGCGUGAGCUCACUGCAGCAAGGCGUGAGCUCACUGCAGCAACGCGUGAGCUCACUGCAGCAAGGCGUGAGCUCACUGCAGCAAGGCGUGAGCUCACUGCAGCAAGGCGUGAGCUCACUGCAGCAAGGCGUGAGCUCACUGCAGCAACGCGUGAGCUCACUGCAGCAAGGCGUGAGCUCACUGCAGCAAGGCGUGAGCUCACUGCAGCAAGGCGUGAGCUCACUGCAGCAAGGCGUGAGCUCACUGCAGCAACGCGUGAGCUCACUGCAGCAAGGCGUGAGCUCACUGCAGCAAGGCGUGAGCUCACUGCAGCAACGCGUGAGCUCACUGCAGCAAGGCGUGAGCUCACUGCAGCAACGCGUGAGCUCACUGCAGCAAGGCGUGAGCUCACUGCAGCAAGGCGUGAGCUCACUGCAGCAAUGCGUGAGCUCACUGCAGCAAGGCGUGAGCUCACUGCAGCAACGCGUGAGCUCACUGCAGCAAGGCGUGAGCUCACUGCAGCAACGCGUGAGCUCACUGCAGCAAGGCGUGAGCUCACUGCAGCAAGGCGUGAGCUCACUGCAGCAAGGCGUGAGCUCACUGCAGCAAGGCGUGAGCUCACUGCAGCAAUGCGUGAGCUCACUGCAGCAAGGCGUGAGCUCACUGCAGCAAGGCGUGAGCUCACUGCAGCAACGCGUGAGCUCACUGCAGCAAGGCGUGAGCUCACUGCAGCAACGCGUGAGCUCACUGCAGCAAGGCGUGAGCUCACUGCAGCAAGGCGUGAGCUCACUGCAGCAAUGCGUGAGCUCACUGCAGCAAGGCGUGAGCUCACUGCAGCAACGCGUGAGCUCACUGCAGCAACGCGUGAGCUCACUGCAGCAAGGCGUGAGCUCACUGCAGCAACGCGUGAGCUCACUGCAGCAAGGCGUGAGCUCACUGCAGCAAGGCGUGAGCUCACUGCAGCAACGCGUGAGCUCACUGCAGCAAGGCGUGAGCUCACUGCAGCAAGGCGUGAGCUCACUGCAGCAACGCGUGAGCUCACUGCAGCAAGGCGUGAGCUCACUGCAGCAACGCGUGAGCUCACUGCAGCAAGGCGUGAGCUCACUGCAGCAAGGCGUGAGCUCACUGCAGCAAGGCGUGAGCUCACUGCAGCAACGCGUGAGCUCACUGCAGCAAGGCGUGAGCUCACUGCAGCAAGGCGUGAGCUCACUGCAGCAACGCGUGAGCUCACUGCAGCAAGGCGUGAGCUCACUGCAGCAAGGCGUGAGCUCACUGCAGCAACGCGUGAGCUCACUGCAGCAAGGCGUGAGCUCACUGCAGCAAGGCGUGAGCUCACUGCAGCAAGGCGUGAGCUCACUGCAGCAAGGCGUGAGCUCACUGCAGCAACGCGUGAGCUCACUGCAGCAACGCGUGAGCUCACUGCAGCAAGGCGUGAGCUCACUGCAGCAACGCGUGAGCUCACUGCAGCAAGGCGUGAGCUCACUGCAGCAACGCGUGAGCUCACUGCAGCAAGGCGUGAGCUCACUGCAGCAAGGCGUGAGCUCACUGCAGCAAUGCGUGAGCUCACUGCAGCAACGCGUGAGCUCACUGCAGCAACGCGUGAGCUCACUGCAGCAAGGCGUGAGCUCACUGCAGCAACGCGUGAGCUCACUGCAGCAAGGCGUGAGCUCACUGCAGCAAGGCGUGAGCUCACUGCAGCAACGCGUGAGCUCACUGCAGCAAGGCGUGAGCUCACUGCAGCAACGCGUGAGCUCACUGCAGCAAGGCGUGAGCUCACUGCAGCAAGGCGUGAGCUCACUGCAGCAAGGCGUGAGCUCACUGCAGCAAUGCGUGAGCUCACUGCAGCAACGCGUGAGCUCACUGCAGCAAGGCGUGAGCUCACUGCAGCAAGGCGUGAGCUCACUGCAGCAACGCGUGAGCUCACUGCAGCAAGGCGUGAGCUCACUGCAGCAAGGCGUGAGCUCACUGCAGCAACGCGUGAGCUCACUGCAGCAACGCGUGAGCUCACUGCAGCAAGGCGUGAGCUCACUGCAGCAAGGCGUGAGCUCACUGCAGCAACGCGUGAGCUCACUGCAGCAAGGCGUGAGCUCACUGCAGCAAGGCGUGAGCUCACUGCAGCAACGCGUGAGCUCACUGCAGCAAGGCGUGAGCUCACUGCAGCAAGGCGUGAGCUCACUGCAGCAACGCGUGAGCUCACUGCAGCAACGCGUGAGCUCACUGCAGCAACGCGUGAGCUCACUGCAGCAAGGCGUGAGCUCACUGCAGCAAGGCGUGAGCUCACUGCAGCAAGGCGUGAGCUCACUGCAGCAAGGCGUGAGCUCACUGCAGCAACGCGUGAGCUCACUGCAGCAAGGCGUGAGCUCACUGCAGCAAUGCGUGAGCUCACUGCAGCAACGCGUGAGCUCACUGCAGCAAGGCGUGAGCUCACUGCAGCAAGGCGUGAGCUCACUGCAGCAACGCGUGAGCUCACUGCAGCAACGCGUGAGCUCACUGCAGCAAGGCGUGAGCUCACUGCAGCAAGGCGUGAGCUCACUGCAGCAAGGCGUGAGCUCACUGCAGCAACGCGUGAGCUCACUGCAGCAAGGCGUGAGCUCACUGCAGCAAGGCGUGAGCUCACUGCAGCAACGCGUGAGCUCACUGCAGCAAGGCGUGAGCUCACUGCAGCAACGCGUGAGCUCACUGCAGCAACGCGUGAGCUCACUGCAGCAACGCGUGAGCUCAUUGCAGCAAGGCGUGAGCUCACUGCAGCAACGCGUGAGCUCACUGCAGCAAGGCGUGAGCUCACUGCAGCAACGCGUGAGCUCACUGCAGCAACGCGUGAGCUCACUGCAGCAACGCGUGAGCUCACUGCAGCAACGCGUGAGCUCACUGCAGCAAGGCGUGAGCUCACUGCAGCAAGGCGUGAGCUCACUGCAGCAAGGUGUGAGCUCACUGCAGCAACGCGUGAGCUCACUGCAGCAAGGCGUGAGCUCACUGCAGCAAGGCGUGAGCUCACUGCAGCAACGCGUGAGCUCACUGCAGCAACGCGUGAGCUCACUGCAGCAAGGCGUGAGCUCACUGCAGCAACGCGUGAGCUCACUGCAGCAAGGCGUGAGCUCACUGCAGCAAGGCGUGAGCUCACUGCAGCAAGGUGUGAGCUCACUGCAGCAACGCGUGAGCUCACUGCAGCAAGGCGUGAGCUCACUGCAGCAAGGCGUGAGCUCACUGCAGCAAGGCGUGAGCUCACUGCAGCAAGGCGUGAGCUCACUGCAGCAACGCGUGAGAGCUCACUGCAGCAAGGCGUGAGCUCACUGCAGCAAGGCGUGAGCUCACUGCAGCAACGC